GACAAUAUAUAAAAUUGCACCUAGAACCAAAACCAGAGUAAGAUAAGCGCGCGAACAAGGUUCCCAAAACGCAGAGCAGAAGCAAUCAAGCAAACCCUAGCGAUCCAAAUGGCCGAGAAAUUGGCUCCGGAGAAGCGCCAUAGCUUCAUGCACAACGGUCAAAAGGUAUUCGAAUGGGACCAAACCCUAGAGGAAGUGAACAUGUACAUCACUCUGCCCCCAAAUGUUCCUCCCAAGCAAUUUUACUGCAAACUUCAGGCGAAGCACGUCGAAGUCGGCAUCAAAGGAAAUCCUCCGUACCUCAAUCAUGAUCUUACCAGCCCUGUGAAGACGGACUGUUCUUUCUGGACACUAGAGGAUGAUAUAAUGCACAUAACACUGCAAAAGAGGGACAAAGGUCAGACAUGGGCUUCCCCUAUAGUGGGUGAGGGUCAGCUGGAUCCUUACGCCACCGAUCUUGAACAGAAGCGUCUUAUGCUUCAGAGGUUUCAAGAAGAGAACCCUGGUUUUGACUUUUCACAAGCUCAGUUCAAUGGAGACUGCCCUGAUCCACGUACCUUUAUGGGUGGUAUCCGCUCUGAUUGAUAAGCUUGAUAUGCUGCAUUAGCCUGGUAUUUUAUCCUGACCAACAUCUAGUAAAUAAGAAAUUUGAUUAGCUUGCAAAAAUAUGAUUUAGCUUGCCAACUUGGCUUAAUGCAAUGUCUGUAAGAACUUCAAUGCUGCUUAUGAUCUGUUGUUUAACGAUUAAUUCUACGUGUUGUAUGAGUGUAGGGUUAACAAUCUAGUUCUCAUGCUAUUCAUCA